AUGACCAAGACUUCUGUAGCUCUCCUUACCACCUUGCUCUCUUGCGUCGCAGCAUACCCUGGCGUUGCCAACUUGGACGUCUUGCUCAAGCGCACUGAGCCCGCUGCACGCGAUCCCCUGUUUCUCAUCACCCGUCCAAACACUGGACUGCCACCGAGCGGCUUCAACGCGGCCGACCAAUAUGUAGACACUACAGACGGCGGUCCACACCGAUUCAUUGCGCCAUCUGGUGGUGAUGCAAUUGAGGGACUAGGACAAGCUUACAACAUGGCACCCGAUCUCGCAGCUUUCCUCGGAAUUGUGGCUGUCGGCCUUAGUGGUGACCCACUGACCGAGACCUGGUCCAUCGGACCUCCUUUCAAACCUUCGUUGCCCAUUUUCCCUGCCCGUGGAAUUUUGGGAACACACAACAAGUAUGAGGGAGAUGCUUCCAUCGUGCGAGGAGACGCCUACCUCCACAAUGGCUCGCCUGGCAUUUUCCAGAUGAGGCAAUUCGAAAGCGCGUAUAAUUUCGCCAAGAAAUACGACAACAACUUCGGUCACGCCGCCUCUGCCGCACUGCUAGCAGGACUACAACACACGCUGGUCGAUUGCAAACAACCCGUGAGUGCUGCUGAAUGCGCCGAGAAUCCCGGCGGUGAGCUGCCCACCGACAUCUUGAAGUCCUUCUUCUCGGUGACUGGCGAGCCGGGAAGCUUUGUUUAUACCCGCGGCCACGAGCGCAUCCCCGUGAACUGGUACCGUCGCGCAACAUUGGACGCGCACAAUAUUCCAGAGUGCCGUAGCAGUCAGGAGGAGGUCGAUUGCAGCGGCAAUAGCCUUCGCGACCCGUGGGAGGACGUCGUGCUCACCUGGACCUACGGCAUAUGA